GCCGGACCCAGGCGCCAUGGAGGAAUACGCUCGGGAGCCUUGCCCAUGGCGCAUUGUGGAUGAUUGCGGGGGAGCCUUCACUAUGGGUGUCAUUGGCGGAGGAGUCUUCCAAGCCAUCAAAGGCUUCCGCAAUGCUCCUGUUGGGAUUCGCCACCGGUUAAGAGGUAGUGUCAGUGCUGUGAGGAUUCGAGCCCCCCAGAUUGGAGGUAGCUUUGCAGUGUGGGGAGGCCUGUUCUCCACGAUCGACUGUGGCUUGGUGCGGCUACGGGGCAAGGAGGAUCCCUGGAACUCCAUCACCAGUGGAGCGUUGACUGGUGCUGUUCUGGCAGCUCGCAGUGGCCCACUGGCCAUGGUGGGUUCAGCGAUGAUGGGGGGCAUCCUGUUGGCCCUCAUUGAGGGUGUCGGCAUCCUCCUUACUCGCUACACUGCCCAGCAGUUCCGCAAUGCACCCCUAUUCCUGGAGGAUCCCAGCCAGAUGCCCUCCAAAGAGGGUGCCCCGGCCCCAGGCUAUCCCAGCUACCAGCAAUACCACUGAGGAAGUGACCGCCUAAUGCCGCCACCGUGGGAGUCCCUCCUCGUUUCCCUCCCUGAUUAUCUACCUCGAAGGGAGGGCUGGCUCCCAGUUGGCCCUAGGACCCUCCUGAGAGGGCCUCUACUUUGCCUCCUUGUCCCAGUGUGGGGGUGGGACAUCCCAGCUGUCCUGAUGGAUGGGUUCCAUUUUACUCUUUCAGAGCACCUCAGCCCCACACUCACAUGUAACAAACUCUCACCCCAGCCCCUUUGUGUGGUACCCUGAAAAGUAUUUAAAGCCAGUUUUAAAAUGC